AUGAGCGACAAGCUUCCAUCGGGGCUUUUUAACUCAGUAUGUUGCAAAAUAGACGAACAGAACUGGGAGAGUGCGCCGGAUAUGAACGUUUGAACCUUCGCGUGCACCUGUAUCUAGGAAGGUGACGGUGAUAGAUGGGACCUGUCCCUUCCGCCGACUGACCGGCAAGGGGCGACCCUGCAGAAGGAUGGAUGGCGGGACGCAAAUUUAGCCUGUCUUGUCAGCACCACCCACGCACAAAGCCGGCUGUUUUCAUCCAGCCUUCGUUCCCUGGGACGAUUAUGGAAAACAAUGGUGACAAAUGAGGAAUAAGAUUAUCAGUGGCAGUGUUUGUACGGCAUCUCUUUGCUCUACACCACCACUACCCACGAGGCGCGUCUGGGAGUCGGCGGUGCUCGGUGUCACCGGUCCUUUGUACAUAUUAUACAUAUGUCUAGGGUGACGAGUCGUGUCUACGCGGACGCUAACGCUGUCCGAGGCAAAGCGUGGUACGAAUACAACAAGUUUCGCAUCGAAUGGAGUUCGCCUGAUCGGUACGAGAUUGUGAGACGGUUGGGGGGAGGCAGAUACUCGGAGGUGUUCGAGGGCGUGGAUACCGUCAACAACGAGCGAUGUGUAAUAAAGGUGUUGAAGCCCGUCGCCGGGCAUAAAAUCAAGCGCGAAAUCAAGGUGCUGCGCAACCUGGCCGGAGCUCCCAACUGCAUUGCGCUGCUUGAUGUCGUCCGAGAUCCAUCGAAAACGUAUCACAGCCUGAUCACGGAAUAUGUGAACAGCACGGAGUGGGGGCAGCUCUAUCAACAUCUUAACGACGCAGACAUACGGCACUAUAUGUUCCAGCUUCUCACCGCUCUCGACUUUGUCCAUUCUCAUGGCGUUAUUCAUCGUGAUGUCAAGCCAGGGAACGUGAUGAUAGACCAUCAACGUCGCGAGUUGCGGCUGAUUGACUGGGGCCUGGCCGAGUUCUACCACCCCAACACGGAAUUGCACACGCGGGUCGGAUCGCGUCACUAUAAGCCUCCAGAACUCCUUGUUGGCUGGAAGAAGUACGAUUACUCCCUCGAUCUGUGGGCUGCCGGAUGCAUGUUUGCCGCUAUGAUCUUUCGUAAACAGCACUUUUUCCGCGGAGCCGACAAUGAUGACCAGCUGCUGAAGAUAAUGAAGGUCUUGGGCACCGACAAAUUUGACGCCUACUUGAAAGCGUUUGACAUUCCUUUCGAGAGUGAUGUUCAGGAGCUGCUCGGAAACUAUCCUUCCAAAUCAUGGACACGAUUCCUGAACCCUGAAAACCAACAUCUCGCCACAUCUGAUGCUCGAGCUCUGCUUGAUCGGCUACUUCGCUUUGAUCCCCGCGAGCGAUUCACCGCGAAAGAAGCUGCGGGCCAUGUCUACUUUGCCACAGUUCGUGUAGACGGGAUCAAGAAGGAAGAAAGUCCCGCCAGUGAUUCCGGAUUUGCUUCCAUGUGACCUCCCAUAGAGGGUAUCGUCUUGUAGAGUAGCUGUGCUAUCGUCCUGUCCUUUCGAGUCGCUCCUUUCCUGUCGUCCCCAGCAUGUCUCUUUCCCUCGUUUCUCUACUCUCGUCUGUCCUCUCUGUACAUAUACUACCUAUCUAUCUCUGAAUCGCCAUUUACAUCUUGUCUGUCUCCAGUUUGCGCAUAACCCGCCUGCUUACGCUCUCAUCAUGAGUCAUCAUCAUUGUAUCCCGUUCGGAAAUUGAUCAGCAAGCUUUGUGCCUUGGGCGGCAUUUGCCAUCUAUUACUUGCUCGUGCCAUGUUCGACAGGAAGCUUGGUCCCACCAGGGACUCGGACUCGGACGCUCUCCCGGUGUACUCGACAAAGACUCAGCCCGAUGAACAGCCUCCUCGUGUCCGCCGCCUCACGAUAGCGCGACUGUUGCGGUCCAUCACGUUGCUGGUCCUCCUGCUCGUCGGUUACGCGUACAUUCGCGAUGCUUUCGAGACGAAGGCAGAUGUCAGUUUCGAGAAACGGAUGGGAGAUAGCGGCAAUCCGGCAUACCUCGUCAAGGCACGGCACGGCGCGGUGGCCACGGAGAAUGUACUGUGCUCGGAUAUCGGUGUUGAUGUUCUCAAAGCUGGCGGAAACGCCGUCGACGCUGCGGUGGCCGCGACAUUCUGCAUAGGCACUGUCAACAUGUUCUCUUCGGGUGUCGGCGGAGGAGGCUUCAUGACGGUCCGCAUUCCGCCGGUGCAGGAAGGCGGAGACUCGGAGGUCUUCACGGUUGAUUUCCGCGAGACCGCGCCUGCGUUGGCCAACACGACGAUGUUUCCGCCGUAUUCGAACAGCAGUUUGUUCGGAGGACUGAGUGUGGCUGUUCCGGGCGAGGUGCGAGGGCUGGCAGCCGCACAUGACAGAUGGGGUACCUUGCCCUGGCACAGCUUGAUUGAACCGAGCAUCGAGCUGGCGAAAGGUUGGACCGUUCAGGCGGAAUUAGCCAAACGCAUCACUUGGUUCCCGGAUGUGAUGCUGAGCAACCCCGAUUGGAGUGCGAUCUUCGCUCCCAACGGCAGGUUUCUGGAGGAGGGCGAAACGAUCCGGCGGACCAAUUACUCCCAGACCCUGGCUGCUAUCGCCGCCGAGGGACCAGAUGCGCUGUACAAGGGCCGUAUUGCCGACUCGAUCGUAGAGAAGAUCCAGUCGACUGGUGGUGUCCUUACGCAAGCCGACUUGGAACGGUUUUCGGCCAAGAUUGACCGAGCGCUCCAAGGAACCUACCGCGGACGAAAGGUCUACACUACCCCAACGCCAAGUUCUGGAGUUGUGCUUCUUCACAUGCUCAAUCUGGUUGAGCAGUACGAUCUCAGCGAGCGCUCACCGCUGAACACACACCGCAUAGUUGAAGCGAUCAAGUUUGGUUUUGCUGCCAGAACGAAGGUCUGUGAUCCGUCGUAUCUCAACGAUACGGCCAAGAUAGACCAGAUCCCCACCAAAGAGUUCGCUGCACUAAUAGGUCCCAAUAUCACUGACAAUUAUACACACUCUCCCGAUUAUUACAAUCCUGAAUACGACGUCAAGAUUGACAAUGGGACAAGUCAUACUGUCGUGGUCGACAAGGAUGGCAUGGCGGUCUCUCUGACCUCGACUGUAAACAUGAUUUUCGGGUCUCAAGUCAUGGACCCAGUCACAGGAAUACUGCUCAAUGACGAGAUGGAUGAUUUCAGUACGCCAAAAACACCCAACGGAUUCGGCCUAUGGCCCUCCCCCUACAACUACCCUGAACCCGGAAAAAAGCCGCUCUCAUCGACCGUCCCUACCAUCAUCGAAAACGCGGAUGGUUCAUUAGCUCUUGUAAUCGGCGGCUCCGGCGGCGGGCGGAUCUUUGGUGCCGUGUUCCAGAUCAUCCUAAACGUUCUCGAAUGGGAUCUGGAUGCGAGUGCGGCUGUUGAGUUCGGGCGGCUGCACAAUCAGCUCUUCCCCGUCAUGACAGAUGCAGAUUCGUGGUAUCCCAGAGAGCUGUUGGACGGGUUGAAGGAACGAGGGCAUGAACUCAGUGUGACAGGCCCUGUGGCUGCUGCCGUGCAGCUCAUUGCCCUCCGGGACGGAUAUAUCUUUGCUGCCAGCGAUUCGAGAAAGAAUGGGAUUGCUUCGGGUUUCUAGAUCAAGGGCUAAUCUACUUUAAAACGCAUGCUUUGUGCUUCAGUCACACUAAUGCCAAAUCUGACUGAGGUACACACUAGAAUCUGAGCUUGGACUAGCCUGCUCUAGUCAAGGGCUCUGAAACCCAUGUUUGUGUGCAAAUCACAAGAAUGUUGAAGACAUGCGCACUUCCGACGUGGCAUCACCGUUUCCAUGAGCCGCCUUGCUCGGCUUCCCGUCAAUAUGUGCAUCUCACACGAGCGUCGCAGCGCAUGGCACUGCCCCUCCGUCUGCUGCGCGGCGUCGAUCACUUGAUGGACUUGACAGGCCGAGGCCGUCAAGGCCGAGAUGGUGGAAACGCACUUGUUCUGGUUCUUAUACCUCCUCCACCAUCCUCUUCUUUUGCCCAUUGGCGCCGUGCGCUUUUCGCUCGUUCGUUCCGGCUGUGCCUGUUUUUCGUUUCGUUACGCCUCGCUUCCCAUUUCGUUAUUCUCCGUUGGCGACGCUUUAGGGUUUUGAGAAGGACAAGUCUGCGUAAAAUCACGAUAAGGAACAAUCAUGGUUAGUCCUAACAUAGUGAUCCUUCCCUCCCGCUCUGCAACAGCAGCUGCAACUCCUGUUACAUUCUCAUCUGCCUCUCCCUCGGACACUCUUUCGUCCGUACUCUCUUCUGCAAUUGCAACAACCAGCAUCUCUGCUGCUCCGCUUUCCACCUCGGCAGCAGCAUUGACUACAACCAAGUCCACAUCACUGUCGACAGCUGUUGUCGAAACUUCGACUCAAGUCACCGUGCUUCCGUCCACUCCCAUCGUGACCAGUACAGUGCAGGACAAGUCAAUUUCGAGCACGGCCGCGAUCACGUCGACUGUGCCCCCCGCCCCUCCAGCCGCGACUUCAAUAGCGACUUCACCCGCGAUUGUGAGCAGUGUAGCUGAUGCAGGUGUACCAAGCACCGCGUCCGGCCCUGCAACGGUUACCAAAGUGUCGGUGGCCUCGGCAAGCAUCGCAGCGGCUGCGUCGCCGUCCUUCUCGGCGGUUAGAGGCCCACCUCCCGGCACUCACGAAGCGUUGAAUGCGUCGCCGUCCUCCUUCUUCUCUAACAAGGGCGCCGUCGCUGCGACCUUCACCAUCGUCGGCCUGCUGGUCAUUGCCGGUCUCUGGUUCUUCAUUAGCCGUCUCCGCGUCAGCGCGCGCCGCCGCCGGCUUGACGAGGAGAUGGACGCGAUAUCAUUUGUCCCGGACUCGCACAAGCCCCUGGCGGUUCAGGGCGAGAAAUCGGCGACGCUGCAACGGACUUGGAGCCAAGCGUCGCACGAGUACCGCGGUGCGCCGCAGCUCGGAUAUAACUACAGCGCCCCGGCUGCGCCGCCCGCUGUCGCGAAUCCCGGCUUUGGACAAGGAUACGGGCAAGGCCAGGGGCAAGGAUACAGCCCGUAUGCCCCGCCCACGGUCACAAUCGCACCACCGUCGGCCGGACCUAUCCCGUACCGCGGGCCGACUCCGUCUUCGAACUAUGGUGUUCCUGGCGCCCAACAGCCCGGGGCGUAUCUUGCCAGCUACAUGACGCCCGCUGCCGACCGAAACCCCAGCCCAGUGUCGCCUACGAGUUUGCGCAACCCGUUCGAGGAAAUCAGCCUAAGCGGCAAGCCAGACGAGCAGGAGCAUGAAGUCGAGGUCCCGGACGACUUGCAUCUACCGCAUGAUACGACGCUGCCCUACACCCCGGGAACGGCACACACCGUCGUUCAGAAACACGUUUUGAAGGUUGCCAACGCUUGAUGCGUUGCUCCCAAGACCGGAGGAUUGAGGUCGUGUGAUAAUACAGUACUUGCCGCAGUUGCCAUCGAAGUUUGAUCUUGUAGCACUGAAUCACCCAUGGUUUCCGUCCACUGCCAUCUUCCUCCCUCCAGCUUGAGAGCCGGCUCGACCAUUGAUACCUGAGCGGCAUGCGGCAAUUUCGUCUCAUGCGAGUGCAUCAAAUCAUACAUGUACAGAGCUGUUGUUACAGGAUAGUGGCGAUAGCGGCAACAGUACAUCGAUUAAAUAAAUCAUCAGGGGUCGAGUCGAUAGCACAAGUCAUGUCGGACGAGUGUUGAUCUUCCUUUCAGCGGUGACUAGCACAGGGGCGGUUAGGAAUCCAUGCUAUCUUCAGAGAGAGAGAGAGAGAGAGAGCACGCACUCCACGCCCUUCGGUCCAUCGGACACUGUCCCUUUGACGCAGGUGUUGCGAUCCACUUCAGCAGACAAUGCAUGUGGAAGACGUGUGUGCAUUCACCCCAUACUUCACCACGCAGUCAGCCGUCCAUAGCAAGCGAGUAAGAGCCGGGCGUUCACUCACUUAGAGGACAGUCGUCUCCCGGCACUUUGCAUGUCGGACAGCAGGCUUCGUACGCAACCCGGCAAAUUCCACAUACGUCCUCCUCCUCGUCGUUCCCAGAGCUCGAGUCCGUGGCCGUCUCCCAGCGCCAUUGGGCAACGGCGUGCCAGUAUGUGAUGGUGACUUUCAUGGUGCUAGGAUGCCGGUCGUGGGGUUCGGAUCGAGGGCUGGAGGAAGGUGGGGGAUUGAUGACAAGAGGUGGUGGAUCGCGUGACCGUGUUUCUUCUCAGCCACGUGCUCAAAUGUAAACAAACUCAUGUCCCUGUCGGUCUAAGCGCUGUAUGUCAGGCUUGUCAAGGUUAAUAGUUGCGAACUGUAGGUUUGCCUGCUCAGUUCACAAGCGGGUUGACGGUUAUAAUCAAAUUGUUGAUGAAAAACGAAAGGUCGACGAUCCCAUUCAACCGAGGGAAUAGACUCUGCCUCCCUGCUACGCGCUUCAUUCUCCAGUUCCCGAGCCACCAAACUCGCCGAAGGAUCCAAUUGAACCGCGUAGAACGCAAGUUUGUGUUUGACGUGUAUCUGGGCCUGAAACAGACUAUGCAUGUCUCCCAAGGCACGAAACGCAUUGAGGUGAGCAGACCCGUGCUCCACGAUGAGAGCUGGACGGAUGAGCAUUGCCGCGUCGCGUAAUAGGAUGCUCGGUAGCUGAGUUGUUAACCCAUCAGAGUUGAGGUGGGACUGCAACUCCGUGAUGGCACUGUCUAGUGUCAGAUGCAGGAUUUUCGACGUCUUCGCGGUAAGGAACGGGACCAGCUGCGAUAGCAGUGUCCGUGCUGUUUCCUGAUCCAGCUCUCCAGCAGAACAAAGCGGAGAAAUGGAGAGAUGUCGAGUGAUAUAUGCAUAACCCAGCCUUUCUUGAGUGUCAGGAGAUGCAAGGCGAGGAGGACAUAUAUAGACGCACAUCACAGCACAGAUGUUGUACAUCAAGGGGGGAGGUGCAUCGCUGCUGCGUUUCUGGUGCAUCAUCGACGGAGGAAUGGCAAUAGGUUCCGGCGGAUGACCGUAUUGUCGUUGAUUUCUGGGCCGUCUUAAUACCGACAGCUCUUCCUUCAUUUCGAGUGUUGAAGGACGCAACCACCAUGGUUCAGUCAUUCCUCUUUCGAUUUCUUCACUCGCCAGUAGUUGCUGGGUCAGUUCACUUGAUGGGUCUCGCACUAUCUUGAGGAAUCUAUCUCGCUCGGUGGGAGUGAGCAGAGCCC